CGCUGCCCUUUGUUCCUCCCUAAUCAUGGAUAAGACAAUGGAUAUUGUAUCUGCAGCCACAGAUAGAAGCUCUUUCUUUAGGGGCCUGAACCCAGUGCUUCACCACCAUCUCUCACUUGCCUGGUGACGCCUGUGACCGCUAGAGAAAGAGGGCUGGACCAGCGUUAGUAGGAUCUGAGCUGUGAGGUGUUGGUACAAGCAGACGGGCUUUUACAUACGGAUGAAAUCAGUGCAGAGAGGCUUAUUUUAUAGUAGCAGUACCUUAUAGGCAGCACUGUACGUCACUAGUUUUCACUGGGAUCUUUCUUGUUGUGGAAUACAGGAUCAAAAGCAGCAAAUGUUUCCGGUCAGACAGCCUUGGCUUUGCAAAGCCUUAGGUUGUUAUGAUUGCUGUGUCCGGUGCAUUGGGGCAGUGCCCUACCCAUCCCUGGUGGCCACCUUGCUGUGCUAUGCUGGCAUGGCAUUAUUUUGUGGCUGUGGGCACGAAGCAUUGUCACAGACUGAAGUGCUUGUUGAGACUUACUUCGCCCGCAACAUUCAGGACUAUGUGGUCGUGGCCUCCUUUAUCAAAUAUUCCCAGUAUGUGAUCUAUGGCCUGGCAUCAUUUUUCUUCCUCUACGGUAUCCUGCUGCUGGCUGAGGGUUUCUACGCCACAAGUGCUGUCAAGCAGACCUUUGGGGAAUUCAGGAGUACCCAGUUUGGCCGCUGCCUCAGCCUGACGUUUAUCAUAGUGACAUACUUCUUGGCCUUCAUUUGGCUGGCAGUGUUUGCCUUCACUGCUAUCCCAGUGUUCUUCCUGUUCAACAUGGAGCAAACGUGCCACGACAUCAACAUCCUGGCUGAAACAACCCCCAGCAUUAAUCAGCAUGCCUGGAUUUGCAUGGAUGCAAGGCAGUAUGGUCUGCUUCCUUGGAAUGCAAUGCCAGGCAAGGUUUGUGGAAUGACCUUGGCAUCUAUUUGCAAAACUGGUGAAUUCUACGUCACCUAUGACUUGUACAUAGCUGCAUUUGCUGGUGCCGGGAUCACUCUCUUAGCACUGUUUUUGUACAUGGUUGCUACCACCUACAAUUAUGCAGUCUUGCGGUUUCUGGGCAGGAAAGGCAUCCGCUAGAUGCAACAUUUCCAUCCCCACCAGCCUCAUCCUCUGGCUAUGAGAUGGACAUUCAACACAUGCAACAUUUAUGUUCACCCUCUUGGAAACAGCAACUUCCAAACCUGGAUCACCCGCUAGUAUUUCUUGCCAAUAACAGACAAAUGUUUCUCACCAGUGUAUGAACAACUGACAGAGAGAUGAAGAUAAUUCAGCCCCAGCAGAGGGCUCUGGCCUUCUCCUCAGAUCCUCUUCUCAGAUGAUUCUCUUAGUGUUGUUGUUCAUUUUCUUCCAGGUUCUAGCUCUCAUUUGAUCCUUUUUGUGAAGCUUCACUGGUGCUGAUGCUGUUGUCAGAUUGUGAUGUAUUGUGUUUCAUGAAAAAAUUUAAAGCUAUAAGAGCUCACCUUGCAAAUCAUAACAACAUAGCAUGCACACCAUUCAGUGUUUACUGAUGCACAUAUGAAUAUGAUUUUGCUGCUGCUUAAUUUUCACUACCUUGUGUGUCAACAUUGUGUAAACUAAAGGAACUGAAUUUGAAUGUUCAAAAAAAUUUAAGUCAUCUCUCGCUUUGCUUUCACUAUCAACACAGGUACUUUGCAUUGACUCAUGCAUUCAUACUGUGGUGUAGGGAGGAGACAAAUAUUUGUAUCCAUUUUCCUGAAGGUAUUUUGGUUGCUGCUUAAAAUAAGCUGUUUUUAAGUCACUGAGAUGCUGAUGCUUCAGUAACUUGCCUCCAGGUGGCUCAUGCUUGAUGUGCAGCACUGCUGCUUAGUGUUGUGUGGGUGUUCAUUUAAAAUUAAGCCUGAUUAAACAAUCUAAAUCUGUACAGUAUGUUGUAAUAAUAAAUGCUGAUUGUAAAGAAUUUCA